CAGCAGCCAGACAGUCUCGCACAGUCAGCGAUCGUGUUCAGUAGCUCAUAUCGAGAUCAGUUGGAAAACGAAAUACCCUAAGAACCCAAGAUGUCGCGUUCCUUUUUGAUGGAUUCCCUACUCAGCGAUAGGCCCAAUUUGAGCCAGAAGAAGGAGAAACUGGGAUCACCAGGAGGAAGUCCUACAGCCGCUGCUGCAGUGGCUGCAGCUGCCAUGUUACCAUCGAUUCCGAUGCUUCCUUACCCGGCCAGCUAUGUGGGCAGCUAUCUCUUCUCUUUGGGCAUCCAGCAGCAGCAGCAGCAACAGCAGCAGCAACAGCACGCAGCAGCUGCAGCAGCGGCCGCAGCAGCAGCAGCUGCCUUGCAGCAACAUCCACAUGUCAGUUCGAGUCCCGGUUCCCUUUACCAUCCAUACGCCCAGCUGUUCGCCAGCAAGAGGAAGUCCAGCGGAUUCAGCAACUACGAAGGAUGUUAUCCAUCGCCACCGCUCUCGGCCAAUCCCAACUCCCAGCAAUUGCCGCCAUUACACAACCUCUACGGAUCUCCAGUUGUGGGCGGACUACCCUUACCCGAACCUGGUAGCUUCUGCACAUCACCGUCCGCUUCAUCGUCCGCCUCUUUGGAUUACACCAAUAACUUUGAUGAACCUCAAGGAAAGCGUUUCAAGCACGAGUCAUCCUGCUCACCGAACAGCUCACCACUGAAAAACCACUCUUCGGGAGUUCCCGCCGAGAUCACGCCGCUGAUCAACGAUUAUGCCGAUUCCAGCAAAAGGAUCCGCACUGCCUUCACCAGCACCCAGUUGCUGGAGCUCGAGCGGGAAUUCUCGCACAACGCCUACCUAUCCCGCCUACGUCGCAUCGAAAUCGCCAAUAGACUGCGCCUCUCCGAGAAGCAGGUGAAGAUCUGGUUCCAGAAUCGCCGAGUCAAGCAGAAGAAGGGCGGCUCCGAAAGCCCCACCUUCAAUCUGUCCACCAACUCCAAUGGAAGUCCCCAAGCAUCUCCAGUGUCUCCUCAAGUCAAAGUCCACGAAUUGAAGGUUGAGGCGUAGAAUCAAUAACCUAUUAUAAGAAUUAUGUAAUUGUACAGUAGAUUUUAGUCUGUUUUCAGCCAUAAGUAUG